ACAUUGCCUGCUUCUAAUUUCUGUAGUUUUCUAUGGUAAACAUGUUGUUUUUGCUGCUAUUUAUCACUCAGGCAUAUUUAAUACAGCUAGUAUACGUUAAAGGCAAUGAUUAUCCCAGCAAUUGUUCUGCCAUUGGAACAAAGAAAGUAUCAAUACUUUGGAAAAUACAGACUGUAAACAAUUCAUUGAACUACAGCUACUCAGUUUUCUUCAGAAAAAACAAAAGUACUUUCAGCCUGGGAUGUACUGUGAAUUCAUCCAGAUCACUAAUCAACGAGUGUGAUAUUGGAAAAGCAUUGAAGUUGAACUUCCCCAAAGAAUAUAGUUUUAUAUAUUACAUUCGAACUGAUAAUGGAUUGACUCAACAAGAAGGACCACACAAGGAAUGCAAAGUUAAUAUGAUUAUGAAGUGUACAGAUCCAACCGGUCUGGCAAUAGAAGCCUCAUCAAARAGAACMUUAAAACUAAAAUGGCACCCACUGUCAGACAUGGGAGAAUAUGUUGCUCUAUGUUAUAGAAUUAUAUAUGCUAUAUAUAAGGAUGACCGUUCCAAAAAGGUUGAGAAUGAUCUUGAUCUGGAAGGUUUCUCUUAUUCAAUUAAGACUUUAUUACCAUAUACUAAAUAUGCUAUGUGGCUACAAUGUGCUCUGGAAUGUAGUAAAGAGAAUUAUUCUAUGUGGAGCAAUGUUGUUGGACCUGUAGUUGCAAGAACACUAGAAGAAAUCCCUCAGGGAAAAGUAAAGUUUUUACAACUUGAAGAAAAACAACAAAAGUCAACAAGAAAGAUUAUUAUUCACUUUGAGUUACCAUUGAAGGAAAUGUGGAAUGGUAAUAUCACUCAUGUACAAAUAUACUGCUUCAAGGGAUCAACUCUUUGCCAUAAAAAGAAAGUYCCACCCAGUCAGCAAGUGAUUUCAUUUGAUCACCUGAAAGCUGAUGUAGUGUAUAACUUACAAGCAGAGUAUUGUAACAAUGAGGGCUGCAGUAAUAGAAGUUAUUAUAAUGUUACUUUUGACAAUGGGAUUCAAAAACGGCGAGAAAUGCGCUCAAAAACAUCAAGCAACAAAGAUCCACACAAAACAUUGAAAAUUGUUUUGCCAGCUGUAAUUGGCGUUAUAACUAUUAUCGUUAUUAUUAUUGGCAUAAUUAUUGCAUGCCGAAGGURCAGAAAUAAUCCUAAUCAGAUGUCACUUCAAGAACAACUUGGUGAUCUUGAAGCGGUUCCUUUACGGGUUGACAGUAUUGAUCAAAUUGAUCAYGAGUAUGCACAUAUUAAUGUGCUUUCUCCAGAGGAUGAAAUCACUGCAUUUCCAAGAUCAGACAGCGAGGAGGACAAUGAAACCAUAGACCCAGUUAAUAGUGAAUAUGCCUCAGUUGGAGCAAACUCAAGAUUGACGCUACAUCCCGACACAACUGACUUUCGGUCUGCUUCAGGAAGGUCAUUACAUAGUUUUAGCUGUAUCAGUUUAGCAGAGCAGUCUUCAGUGCAUGAUGCAUCAAUUGAGCCACCACUUUUAGAUCAUGGUGAAAAUAUAGAGUUAGUAGAAAUAACAACCACAUAGUUUUUAUUUAAUAUCAAUCCAGUAUUUAUAAUGUACAAAAAAUGAAGGAGGACAAUCUUUCAUUCCAUAGGCAAAAUAUACUAUAUAAAUCACCAAAGAAAGUAUUUAUCCCAAUAAGUUGCAUGUUUUAAUAAUUAGUGCACUGAUGUUUUUUCUCAAUGUUUAUUAGUAUACAAUGCGUAUGUUCACUGAUGUUUUAUUCAUCAGUGUUCCUCAGUAUACAAUGUUUGCUCAUAUUUUAUUCAUUAGUUUUGCUUAAGUCUUACACACUAUUUACAUCUAAGAUGUUACACUAUUUCAAUAUACAAUACCGUCACUGAUGUUUUAUUCAUCAGUGUUGCCAUCACUUUUGACAGCUUAUUUAUAGCAUGUUCAUAUUUGGUAUGCAAAUACUCUCCUAUGGAUCAUGAUGCUGCAACAACAUAAUAUGCACUCUCAUUUUCAUUGAUGUUUUAUUUAUCAUUUUUAGAUUAUUUUUAAAUAUUGAAUAUCUGUUGUUUUAGUGUUGUAAUUACCAGAUUCUUGCUUGUCUAUUCAAACAAUAUCAGACACUUUUUACUAUUAUGAGCAACCAUCUGAUAUAUCAGACAUGAGACAGUCAAAAUACACAUUAUUAAUUAUAGAUAAUUAGGUAGUAUAUAUAUAUAUCCAUGAGCUUGCUCAGUUUCUGUUAUAUUUAUGUAUUUAAUGUUCAAAGCUCAAUGAAUGUCAUUAUAAUAUAAUUACACCUUUUUGCAAAAACAUUGACCCAAAGUUAAAUAAAAAAUAGAAAUUAAAAAAAGUAAUUUUAAUUACAUAGGUUUUUUCAUGUGAUAAUAUGAAAUAAUGAGAAUGUUAGAAGAAGUAAAGCAGGUUUUUUAUCCUUUGAUGUAGAAAAGCCAAUAAAUUGCUCAGCUAACUUGAGCACAAAUUUCAAUGAGCUAAUUUUAUUUUUUUGUUUAUGGGUCAACAUUUUUGAAACGUGUAUGUCAAAUAGCCGACUUUAGAUAUUUUAAAAGAAUUGCAGAUGAUGCUCCAAGGAAAUAAAGGAAUAAUAAUCAAGGUUAUCCAUUGUUUUUCUGGAGCUUUGUGUGUAUUCUUUUGUWCAUAUUCAUCGAACCAAAAUAUCUAAAGUUGACUAUUAUUACAUUUUUUGAAAGUUACAAAGCUAUAUCAUGCAAUAUGUAGAUUCUAUUGCAAAAAGUCUUUAAAAGUCUUUAAGAAAAAUAAAGCGCAGCCCAUGUCUGUA